AAUCGUCUAUCUGUCUGUGGCUAAGGAGGUAAACAAUAUCCCAAAAAGUUGAAUAAGUUUGGAUGUGUUUCUGCUAAAGUUCGGUUCCUUGGUCCACGAAAUCCUGCAAUGACGUCCGCCGAGCAAGUGCUGGCCGCCAAGCAGGCCCUAAUGGUGGCGCUGGGUGAAAAGUGGCCCCUCUACCUGGCCAACAUGAAGCUGUGGUUCCGGAAGAAAUCCACCCGCGAAGAGUUCGACCUCGAGUCCCGGAAGCUGUUCAGCUCGGACCAGAUUCACCUGCACAACAAGUUUCUGCUGGCGAUUUUGAACAAAAUCGACGCCGUGUCCCCGCCGCAGUCUACGGCGCCGGGUGCGGACCGGAGUGCAUCUGCUGGCGCUGGUGGGGGAAGUUCCAAGAAGCGCAAGCGUUCGUCCAAGUCGUCUUCAGAGCGGGUCACGUUCGAACCGGCCGCGGUCGCCGAGUUUAUUCCGGAGCUGGCCGAUUUCGAGCAGUCGGUUGCGGCGCAGAGUGCCACGAUUCCGACGAUUCGGUACGCGGCGCAGGAACUGUUCCUGCCGGAUAAUGGGUUGGUGCUGGGCCGGUUGCUGGUGGGAGCUUGGGAGAACGGGUUGGCGAAUGUGGAGGAGAACGCGGUGGAGCUGAUUGUGCACGCGGUUCAGGUCCUGCUGAAGAACAUUUUGCAGUCGGUCAUCACCAAGCGAAAGCAUUUCCGGACGACGGCCAACGGCACGUUUUCGUACGACGUUGGUCACCAGUUGGCGCACCCGUUUGUUCGUAACACCGUGACCAAAACGAAGAUUGACGACGAACCGAUCGAGCUGGACAAGGAGAUAACGACGGUGUGCUACCUUAAGCCGGCCCCCGGAGAGUCCUCGUUUCUGGCGUCUUGCGGCGAACCGUACCCGAAUCAGUCCAAGAAGAUCACGACGUACGACGUGUACAAAACGCUGCUCAACCGGAGCGUCAUCCCGUCACACUCGGUUUACUCGAUGAACAUGGAGCGGAUAUCGAGUCUGCUGUCUUGAGGAACGUUGUUGGGCGAUAAGGUAAAGUAAGGCUCUUGGUUAAUAUUAAUUUUGAUGAUUGGUAAGACAUGUA